AUGGUCAUGAGAUGCCAUGAGUUAUUCCUAAUGCUUUUUUGCCCGUCGCUUUCACCCUCUUCCUCCCUGCAGGUGAAGGUGCUGAGGGAAGCAGACCGGGUUGGGCCAGAUGGCAAGCCGCAGUCCAAGGGAGCGGCGUUCAUUGAGUUCAGUGAGCACCAACACGCUGUAGCGGCGUUGAGGGCGCUCAACAACCACCCCACCAUCUUCUCUCGUGACGCUCGCCCCAUUGUGGAGUUUGCAAUUGAGAAUGUCUCGAUAGUGAAGCAGCAGCAGCACACGGUGAGGCAGCAGAGCGACAGGCGACAGGUAGUGCGGCAGCAGCAGAAGCAGAAUGAAGCUGGGGCCACUGGUUUGGGGAAAGCAAGGGGUGCAAAGAGAAAGCCUGAGGAGGGCGAGGCACUUGCUGUUGGUGAUGCUGAGGGCUCUCCAGCAAAGAAGAAGCAGAAGCAGGUGAAUGGAGGGAAGGGGCAAGGUCAGCAAGAAAAGCGGCAGGGGGAGCAGCAAGAGAGGCACGGGAAAGGACCUGGGAAGGACGUGAAGGGGCAUGCGGGUGCAGAGGUGCAAGCAGGCGCUGCAGCAGAGCAGCAGAGUGUUGGUGUGAAGGCACCGGGUGGAGUAGAAUGGGGAGGGGUGAGAGGCAGUGGGAAGGCCGAGUUAAAGAGGAAGCAGAAGGGUGCAGCAGGGAGUGCUGGUGUGUCCCCUGCUGCUGCAGUGAAACCUGUUGCUGCCUCUCCUGCGGCUGCUAUGAAGGCUGCUGCAGCUGCCGUGACUCUUGGUGCUAAAAAUCCAAAGACAGACCCAUAG